CACUCAACCUGAGCAAGGAAAGAUACAUUAUAAAAUGUCUAAUGGUUAUGAAGAUCACAUGGCUGAAGAUUGCAGGGAUGAUAUUGGUAGGACAAAUUUAAUUGUGAACUACCUCCCUCAGAACAUGACACAGGAUGAGCUACGGAGUCUGUUCAGCAGCAUCGGCGAAGUGGAAUCUGCAAAACUUAUUCGGGACAAAGUUGCAGGACACAGCUUAGGCUACGGCUUUGUGAACUACGUAACUGCAAAAGAUGCUGAAAGAGCAAUAAACACACUGAAUGGCCUCAGACUUCAGUCAAAAACUAUCAAGGUUUCCUAUGCCCGCCCAAGUUCUGAAGUUAUCAAGGAUGCUAAUUUAUAUAUCAGUGGCCUGCCCCGGUCGAUGACACAGAAGGAUGUAGAAGACAUGUUCUCCCGCUUCGGGCGCAUCAUCAACUCCCGUGUGCUCGUGGAUCAAACCACAGGUUUGUCCAGAGGGGUCGCAUUUAUCCGGUUUGACAAAAGGUCAGAAGCAGAAGAGGCAAUUACAAAUUUCAAUGGUCACAAACCCCCAGGUUCCUCCGAGCCCAUUACAGUGAAGUUUGCAGCCAACCCUAACCAGAACAAAAAUGUGGCACUGUUGUCGCAGCUGUGUCAUUCACCAGCUCGACGGUUUGGAGGGCCAGUGCAUCACCAGGCGCAGAGAUUCAGGUCAGCAGAGAAUCAGAAUGUGCCCCCGCCAUGCUCUUGGCAGAGAGCAGCUCCUGUACCACCUCUAAGGGGUUUGCGUGUCACCAGUGGUACAAGUCAGUCUGGGAACCCCUGGUUCUCUCCUAUGGGUGUAGAUCACAUGAGUGGGCUUUCUGGUGUAAAUGUUCCAGGAAACGCAUCUUCUGGCUGGUGUAUCUUCAUCUACAACCUUGGUCAAGAUGCUGAUGAGGGAAUCCUCUGGCAGAUGUUUGGCCCCUUUGGUGCGGUUACCAAUGUGAAAGUUAUUCGAGAUUUCAACACCAACAAGUGCAAAGGUUUUGGUUUUGUGACCAUGACAAACUAUGAAGAAGCAGCAAUGGCCAUAGCAAGUCUUAAUGGCUACCGCCUGGGGGACAAAAUCUUACAGGUUUCCUUCAAAACCAACAAGUCCCACAAAUAACUUGCUCGUGCUUUUUUGUAUGGAAUAGAUAAUGGAGUGACAGAAGUUGAAACAUUUUUGUUAGUGUAAAACUCAUUUUGCGCCAAUUUUCACAAGUGUUUGUCUUAGUCUAAAUGAGAAGUGAAAAGGUUUUAUAUUCUGGGAUGCAACUGACAUGUUCAAAUGUUUGAAAUCCCACAAUGUUAGACCAAUUUUAAGUUCCUUUAAGUUAUUUCAUUUAAAACCUGUUAAAAAUCCCCUGAAAUCUUGAGUAGAUUGCAUUAACUAGACCCUCUGGAUGGUGGUAAAAUUGAAGCAUGCUUUCACUUAUGAGACUAACAUUUGUUUCAUUGAAUGUUGUCUGCAAAAACUGGAAUUUUCUGAAAAAUAUCAGGCUGAAUUCAUUAAUUUUCUUGGGUUUUAUGUUAUUGUUUUUCCUACCCAUCCCCAUGUCCUUUCCUCCUCCCCUCCUCCCCCCAGUUUCAGUAGUAUGGAAGAAAAGUUGAGAAAUACUAAUGUUUUAGUUGACAGUAAAUUGUUUGAUCAAUUAAUAUUCAUAACUGUGUGUCUAGUUGAGGAUCAGGCUUUUUAAAGUCAAGGUCUUGUAAGUAGUAGCAUGCCAGCCUAACUUUAACACCAUUGGGGAGGUAAGUUGCACACUGAGCAGUGGCCGAGCUGUCCAACUCACAGGUUGUAGAAACGUGACUUUUAAAGCCCACUUUGAGAGGAAUGGACCAAAGAGUUUCAAAGAAACUCCGGGAAGAUUUCAGAGUCAAAAUGAAACUCCAAAAAAAAAAAAGCAAGUGUGAAUAUAUGUUGCUACUUUAUCAGACUGAAUCUCUUCUGUCCAAAUAUUUAAUGCAUGGUGCACUACUUACUGGUACAUUAUAAUGCAGCAAGAUACUUACUCAUUUUCCAAGAUCAUUGUAGUUGGAAUUCCUUUGGCAGUUCUAUUUUGUUAAGAAAAACCAGUUAUAAACAUUUGAGCAUUGUAUUUCUCGCAUCCCUUCUAAUGAGUGCUAGAUUUUUCUAUUUUAUUAGGAUUUUGUUUUGACAACUAGCUUUACUUAUUGAACACUCAGCAGAAAAGUACUUACGACUUGCAAGUUAGAUAUUAACCAAAAAAACCCUUUGAUUUGUAGAUUUAAAGAUUAAUCCCCCAGGUUUUCUGCAGACUGCCUUGAAACUUUGAGUUGUUCUGUUUCUGUUAAUUUUCUUUUGCUUUUUUGUGUUUUUUGUUUGUUUUUACUUUUGCAUUUAAGAACAUUAAAUUUGAUUUUGUUUUGCUCAACUUUUGUUUUGUUUUUUAUUUUCUGUUCUUUUUUUGCUAAGUAUUGCACAGAGUGUCCAGCUUUCAGAGUGUUGUUUUAAAGGACCGUAGUUCCUCCUUAAGAGAAUUUUAAUUUACUGCUUUGCCAGAUGAGUAGAAGAAACAGAGUUGUGAAAUGAGCACUACAAUGGAUGUGCCACAGACUGACGUGACCCUCAGGUGUUCUUGGGUAGGAAACCUGGAAGGGCUGACCCUGCCAGGUACAGGUGUGUGAGGUGCUGUGCACAACUAGAGGCUUGGCCACUUUCAGCUCUGGUGCUUGUGUAGGGAGAACAGCUGUGAAAACGGGGUCCGUGGCAGUUUAAUGCAGUGUCUCCUUGUUUUACCUGAACCUCUACUGGCCCCAGAGUUUAUUCCCAAAUUCCAGAGGCCGUUCCAUGCCGCCUGGUCGUCUCGCUCCAUCCCAGCUGCCCUUGCCUUGUGCUUGCCGUCGUUCCUCCUCUCCCUCAGUGGGGUCUGCAGUCCUGCACAGCCCCAGGGCUCCCUUGGGGCCACCAAGGGGCUGCUGCCCAGCUCCAGUGGUGACCUGUGGGAGCUGCUGCUGUUUCUGGAGCUGCCCGGGACACACCUAAACCCUACAGAUAGGCCUUGGCCCAGCCAGCAGCCUCCUGCUUGGUCUGAGUUUGUGUGCAGUGAAUGCAGGUGGGAUUUCUCCUGUUAAAACAUCCAGCCUUGCCUCUCCUGCCAGUCUGUUCACUCUCCAUCUCUUGAGAAGCAAAAUGGGCUGUGAAACAGUGACUGUGACACAGCAACCAACCCACUCCCACCCCCCCAGUUGUGCUCUUGGCUGUCUGUUCCAGAGGUUCCCACCAGUUCGUUGUCAUCAUUUAUUACAUCAGUGAGUGUUUCUUUUCUGUGUACGAGGAGAGGUUGGGAAGCAUCCAGGGGCUUCUCCCAAGUUGAAGAUGUGUAGUACAGAGAAGUUCUCUUACUGUGUCCCAUCACCACUGAACCCUGCACUGUCCUACAGAAGUGGGCUGCAGUCAUUCCCAAUUCCUGUCGUUCUCUCUUGCCUUGUUCCAUUUAAGAUAAAUUUUCAAACCAAAUGGGAGUUGCUGUUUAUCACAGCAUUUAGCUGGGGGUUCAGACUUCCAAGGAAUGACCCCUAAACAUGGCUCUGCAUCAGUGCUGGUUCCAAGCAUGCUGCCGUGGCAGCAGCACAUUGCUGUGGGCUCCCCAGCUGCCACUCAAAAAACAACUUCUCUUGGAUGCUUUUUGGCAUCACUGUCCCUUCCUUUUUCCACUGCUUCCCUACUUUUCCAUCUCUCAUUCUUUGCUAAAUAAGAAGGAAAUGCAGGAUAUGGUUUUGUACCACUACUGCAACAAUCUCUUUUAGGAAAGGUCUGUUCCCAGCUUCCUUUGAUAAUUGCUUUGAAAGUGAUUUCUAGGUGAUUGGUAUGAGGAAAGCACUGCUGCUUGAGUCAGGAAAAGAGGAUAAAAUCCUGCUGAAAUAUUCAGAGCUGACACCAGAGUAGUGUAUGAUCUGCGCUGUUUCAACAGUAAAUCCUUGGCAUAAAUAGUUGUGUGUAUUUUCUUGAUGGUUUUGGUCCUAAACAGCAACCUGUGCAUCCCACUAGUAAAGACCAAAAGGAAACUUCUGGAGGUGGAAACUAAAUUCUAACAAGACAUCUGCCGCCAGUUUUUCUGCCCAAAAGUUAGAAGCAACUGGUGUCCUCACCAUGCCAUCCAGCAGACCCUGCUUUGAAGCUCUCACUUGAACAGACCUGUUUCAAGAGAGGUUUUGGCCUCUUAAUUGUCAAGGAGUGUAGAAAAACUGUGGAUAUAUUCUGCUUUUUCAUCCCUUAAAUUGACAGAAGCCAGGUGUUUCUGUCAGGUGACACUUCUGUCUCAGUCAGUGCUUGCAGGAUCUUUGUAGAACCAAAGGGCUGUCUCAAAGCAGAGGUCUCUCACGUUCCUCAUGAGAAACAGUGUCUCAGGUAGGGAAUUUUGAAAAGUCUUCGUUACUGGAUUAGGAUGUGAUGAUCAGGUUUUGAAAACCUAGAUUUGUUGGUCUGUACUGGAGAUGUGCUACAGGAACAGCUGCGGUGGGAGUGUUUUGGGAUCCUUUAGAGCAGAUUAGGAGCCUCUCUGGACAACUCUGGGUGUAGCUUCUGAAGGACCAGGUGUAAUUCCUGAUGAAAACACAGUUAUCCAUGCUGCUGUCACAGGGUCUCCUGUACAGAUAUCGAGGGGAGUUCCUACAUUUGCUUCCCAGCUGUCACAUGAAUGGAAUUCAUCCUGUGCAGAACGCUGGGCAUGAGCCUCAUCACAGCCUAAACCUCCUGUUAACCGUUAGCAGCCAGGGAAAUUCCACAGAAAUAUGGAAGAGGAAUCUCGUGUUGCUGAAGGUGCUUGGUAUGAGCUGGCAGAGGCAAGUGCAGAUCCUUCAGGUGAUGAGGGGAUGGCAACACCCGAAAUCCAAACACGAGCAGGAUCAGAGCAGCUCAGUGUGUUCAGUUCUCGGUGAGUCCCCCUUAGAUGGUGUCUAUGCUCUCAAGUGUUGGAUUUAUUUUGUUCUUCAAGCUGCAUCAUCAUAAGGUUUGGUUUACUUUAGCUGCUCCACUCUUCUGUCAGAGGGAGGGGAUGACCAGUGCAGUUACUGUCACCUCCUGAGCCCAGCUUGUGCCAAUCCCUGUGCCUGGUCUAGCUCUGGGCCUGGGAAGGGCUUGAGGAUCCAGCUCUUAGGAUGGAGGGAGAAGUCACCGUCCCCACAGUGGUGUGUGACCACAGAGCUUUUCCUUCCCUUUGCUUGGAUAUGAUUUUUGUACAUCUGUAUCAUGUGAGCAUGAAACCCACUGAAAAUCCAGAGAUGCACAAGUCACUGGAGCAGAAUAUUCUCACUGCAGUGAACACUGGUUGGUCAGUGUGGGGUCACUUACCCUGUCCAGGUGACCAAAGGGUGCCUGUAUGGAGAGGACACCUAUUUUUAAGGGGGUUGAACGUUGUAGUAAUGUUAUUUAUAUACAAAGCAGUUAAAAAUAUAAAAAAAAAAAAAUUGGCAUAGCUCCAUUUGUCCACCAGUCAAAACCAAAAUUAUGACCUAACUGUAAAGGUGACCUGUUAUUUUAAGGCUGAAUUUGGAAAAUGAAUAGUCCUUAAGGUCCUUAAACAUCUGUUAUAAUUUCAUGUUGCUUUAAUGUUCUGGGUAAGGUCAAUAAAGUAGAAAUUCUUUAAAUAUUUCAGGAGAGAUUUUUGUUUAGAGUGCACUCUAAAUAUUAAUAACUCAAGUUCCUUUUUGGAUAGUUUAUCGUUACGUAUGUGCUUUUAAAAAAAAACAACUUGGAGAAUGUCCCCAUGUUUACUUUUUUAACACAACAAACAGGUCAUAUAAUAAACUGUUCAUUCAAAGUAGCUCCUCUGAUAGCUCUGCCUGCAGAGCACUAGGGUGUUUGGGAGGUUUUUUUGUGAGCUGAUGGCAGCCUGGUUCAGUCACAUAACUCAAACACAGAGUGGUUUGUCCUCUCUCAGAAGGUCACCGUAUUUUUGAUUUCUAUAAUGAAGAAAUGUGUCCUCUAUAAAUCUGUCAGUGAAGCACCUUAUUGUUACAUUUCUACUUUUAGACACCUAAGAAUAGCUUUAGAGGGAAGGGACCAAAUUCACCCUUAGCAUAAGGAAACCCCAACCCCCUUGAGCUCCCUGAGUGGAGCUGCACUUGCGUUUUGGGGUUUUUUCCAUUUUGUUUUUUUUUUUGCCCCAGAGCUGAAUUUGCCACCUGAGGUACUUUAAUCUCUGGAAGCAGGAGAGUCUUUCUGUGCCAUAGGCAAGUUCCUCUAACGUAGCUCUGCACUCCUCAAGGUGGGAUCCUCAGCACAAUAGAACGGAUAAACCCAGAGCUCGAGAGGCCAGUGGUUAUUUUCUGUGAUUAUUAUCCCUUAUUGGGUGCUUAUUAAAGAAUAAAAAACCGUGGAAUUCAUAAAAAGGGGUCUCAGUUUCCUCCCUCUCCCUUGGAAGAGGCGGCACCUCCGUGACAACCGGCGGGAUUGAAGGUCUCCAUCCCUCUCUAGGUGUGCGCUCGUAGGUUGAUCAGGUACGGCGUCGUUUGGGUGGUUGCCCUUCUGUGGCAGCCUCGUGGAGUCCAACAAAACCCAACUCCAAAUGUUGCUUUCUCCUCCUGCAUGAUUUAAAACCAGUCAAAGCCUUUAUGGUCUCUAAAACAAAACCCACCCCCACCCCCCUGCCCCCCUGAGCGGGUUUGACGUCCAACCCCAGUGGUUUGUUCUAGGUCACACUGGGUCAAACAGCAGCAAAGGUUUAGAGAUAUUUUUCUGUUGAGUGGAAUUUUCAGCACUGAAAUUCUCUUUUGUUGCUAAUGAUGGGAAACCAGUAAUGGUAGAACUGCCACCUGAAACCUUGGAAAAUUGCUUCUGUGUUCACAUUUUAGAAUCUCAAUAUUCUCCUACUGUUGUUCCUUAUUUUUAAACAUUUUUGAGCAAGUUUUUGGUGGAAUGGCUGAACUUUUUCACUUGGUCAUUGAGAAGAAAAUGACUUGAGACAUUUGAAACAUGAGUUGGGAAAAACCUUUAUUUGACGAGUAAUUUGAAUAAUACUGUACUUCUAGUCUUUUUAUUGAUUUCCUUUCCUUUAACUUAUGUAAUCUUUUGUUUAUAAAUUAAUCUGUUUGUGGGACAGAAGGUUUUAUCAAUUGCUUUCCAUACUGUACAGUAUAUGGUUACACAUUUUGUAUAUUUAGUGUGUUUUUAAGUUAUUGAUUUGUUUUAUAUCAAAUAAUUUAUUUUUCAGGUACCAUUUUCAUUUAAACUUUGUUUUUACAUGGGUUUAUUUUAAAUAAAGUAUGACACUGCUUUCCAAAUGUCUAAAAUGAAGUUGAAUCCCAUUGUGUUAUUUUGAGAUGACUUAUGUAAAUUAACUUAUUUUAGAAAUAACUGCAAAAAUGUACCAAGUUCAUACUUUGGUUGUGCUUCAAUUCAAGUGCUUGGAAAUUCUCUGCAAUGAUUUUUGAGCAGUUUGAAAAAAUGGAAUUUUCAUAUUGAAACAGUUCAAAGAUUUGUUGAUGAAGCAGCAGCUUUGUAGAAUCCUGUGGAUGGAGUUAUGAGCAUUGUUUUCUAUAUGGAUUUUCAAAAUUAAAUGAAACAACUCAUAGAUAUUUUACUGGUGUUAAGACUUAAAUGAAAUUAUCUGUUAAUAGUGCAAAGAAGUUUUGUACUUUUGCCACA